AGUGCCCGGAUGCAGCGGGAGGAGGUGCUGCCGCCAUAUUUGCCCGGAGAGCAGCGAGCUGGUAGCUGCUGAGCCCCACAGACCCAUCGGCUUCCAUCCGCCCCGUACGCUCCCCGACGCCGCUCCGCCUGCAGGACAUGGACGAUCGGGAGGAUCUCGUCUAUCAGGCUAAGUUGGCCGAACAGGCUGAACGUUACGAUGAAAUGGUUGAAUCAAUGAAGAAAGUGGCUGGAAUGGAUGUGGAGUUGACAGUGGAAGAAAGAAACCUGCUUUCUGUUGCAUAUAAAAACGUGAUUGGAGCCAGAAGAGCUUCCUGGAGAAUAAUCAGCAGCAUUGAACAGAAAGAAGAAAACAAAGGAGGAGAAGAUAAAUUAAAAAUGAUUCGGGAAUAUCGGCAAAUGGUUGAGACUGAACUGAAGUUAAUCUGUUGUGACAUUCUGGAUGUACUGGACAAACACCUCAUUCCAGCAGCUAACACUGGCGAGUCCAAGGUUUUCUAUUACAAAAUGAAGGGGGACUACCAUAGGUAUCUGGCUGAGUUUGCCACAGGAAAUGACAGGAAGGAGGCUGCAGAGAACAGCUUGGUGGCUUACAAGGCUGCUAGUGAUAUUGCAAUGACAGAACUCCCACCAACACAUCCUAUCCGCCUAGGUCUAGCUCUUAACUUCUCUGUAUUCUACUAUGAAAUUCUUAAUUCUCCUGAUCGUGCCUGCAGGUUGGCGAAAGCAGCUUUUGAUGAUGCUAUUGCAGAACUGGAUACGCUGAGUGAAGAAAGCUAUAAGGACUCUACACUUAUCAUGCAGUUGUUACGUGAUAACCUGACACUAUGGACUUCAGACAUGCAGGGUGAUGGUGAAGAACAGAAUAAAGAAGCGCUGCAGGAUGUGGAAGAUGAAAACCAGUGAGACACAAAGGCCAACAAGAGAACCCAUCUCUGACCACCCUUCCCCCUCCCCACAAAAACCCUCAGUGUCACUCUGAGAACCACCAAAUCUGACUUUUACAUUGGAUCUCAGAAUUUAGGUUCCUGCCCCGCUGGGUUUCUUUAUUUUUAUUUGGUUUAUUUUUGGUUUUUUUUUUGUUUUGGUUUUUUUUUUGGUUUAUUUUUUUACACAGUUUAAAAGUUCUUAAAGGCAAGAGUGAAUUUCUGUGGAUUUUACUGGUGCCAGCUUUUAGUUUCCUUAAGACACUAACAGGACUUGCAUCAAGGCUCGUUCAGCAUUACUGUGUUGUCUCCUGCCAGCCGCAGUGGCGGCCAUUAGAAGUGGAAGUGACACCUGGAGGCUGUUAUUAUUUAGGGGAGGUUCCUUGUCCCAAGGUAGCGCGUUGGUGGCAUUUUUCUUUCUUUUUCUAAUCGUUCAAACGGAGUUUUAUACCAAUGUUUAAUCUUAAUUGGAUGUGUAGCUUGGAGUCCCAGGUUGCAUUGGGACGUCUAUUGGAGCGGGGUUACCGUAAUAACAAAAAGAAAUAAGGAAAACAAACCUUCCAAACUGCUGAGAUGCGGCUGAAAAACACGGUGCUGGUAACAGUUCAACAAUCCGUGGCUGCUCAUUCUUGCCUGUUCUUUACUUUUCCUCCAAGCAGGUUAGCAUUGAAGGUGGCAUUGAUAAGCCUGCAUGCGUGUUCAAUAUGUUUUCUUUUCUUCCCCCCCCUGCCCCCCCCUCCCCAUCUCCCUUCGCUCGCUCAACCUCUUUUGUUCAGUAUGUGUAACUUGAAGCUAAUUUGUACUACUGGAUAUCUGACUGGAGCCACAGAUACAGAAUCUGUAUUGUUCUUACUGAAACACAGCAUGGAAUUAACAUUAAACUUAAAUAAAACAAACCUAAAUUAAAAAUGCCAAA